AUGAAGUGCAACGCCGUCAUCCUCGCCAGCUUCGCGCUCGGCCAAUCUGUUAUGGCAACAAACAUCUAUCGUCCUGGUGGCCAUUACCAAGUCCGAGCCUUCAAUGAAUCGGAGCCAAUCUUCCCAUCUGGAUCUGGAGCUUCAUCUGGUUUCGCUCGCCCAACCGGAAAGCCAUCCCACCACACCUCAUCCAAGAAGCCCUGCAAAACCAAGUCAUCUUCUACAGUAGCAUCUUCAGUCGCAGCAUCAUCUGUGGCAGCAACUUCCGCCGCAGCAACAAGCUCCGAAGCUUCUGUCGUGACCUCCGCACCAGCAGUCAGCUCCGACCUUGCCACACCAAGCACUGUCUUGUACACAACUACCAUUACAAACCACCUCUCUGAGACUGUCGUUGUCACUGUGACUCCACAACCCGCAACAUCUAUUCCAGAAGCCUCCGCCUCCGCCUCUACCACUGCCGCUGUUGUACCAACAACCUUGAAGAGUGCCGAUGUGGAUACAUCUUCAACAUUCGUUGCUCCAUCCUCUUCCAAGACCUCAGUCAACUCCCUUCCACCAUACCCAACAACUUUGUCAACUGGCACUUCUUCAACUAUUGCUUCCACUGGCUUUGCUUCAGGAACUGGUGGUGUUGCCUACCCAACCGGCAGCACUAUCGCUGCUUACUACCAGUGUGGAGGAAUUGGUUAUACCGGAUCCACCACCUGUGUUGAGGGUACCCACUGCCAGGUCCAGAACCCAUACUACUCUCAAUGUAUCUACCAGUCUUAA